GCAGAGGAGGACGGGGGUUGCCAUGGGGAGAAGCUGGCGCAGGGAUGCUCUCAGUUCUCGCCCGUGGAGCCCCGAACGCAGCACGAUUAUGAAGAUUUGAUACGGCUGCCUGUCAAAAGCCUGGAUUAGCCGCCUCCUCGUUCCAUCUCCUCCAGCAUGAGGCUGGGGCACGGCCGGCGGGCUGCCCUGGCCAUCACCCUCAACUUCGUGGCGUUGGCCUUCGCCAUCUCGGCGGUGAGCACCAGCUACUGGUGCGAGGGCACCAGGAAGGUGGCCAAGCCCUUCUGCACGGGCCCGCCGGUGAAGAUCAAGCAGAGGUUCUGCAUCAGCUUCAACAGCUCCAACCUCAACGACAGCCGGCAGGUGCUGUACAUCUUCGAGACCGGCGAGGAGAAGUUCCUGCUGAAGAGGUUCCACGCCGGGAUCUUCUUCACCUGCGAGCAGGCCCUCGACAUGAAAGGCUUCGACUGCCGAAACUUCGCCGACGUUGCACCUGACCACGAGAAAGGCGUGCUGUGGCUGUGCGUGGUCUCCGAGAGCCUGUACCUGGGCCUGCUCUUCACCGGGGGAAUGCUGAUGAUCCUGGAACAGUGUCCGUGCUUCAGCAUCAUGAACAAGCUGAAGCUCAGUGCCUUCGCAGCCAUGUGCACCGCGCUGUCAGGCCUUUGUGGGAUGGUGGCCCACAUGAUGUUCACCACCAUCUUCCACCUGGCGGUGAUCAUGGGGCCGGUGGACUGGAGGCCCAAGACCUGGGACUACAGCUGGUCCUACGCCUUGGCCUGGAGCUCCUUCGGCACCUGCAUGGGCUCCGCCGUCACGGCGCUGAACCGCUACACCAAGACCAUCAUCGAGUUCAAGUACAAGCGGCGGAACAUCGAGAAGAACCUGAUGAUCAAGGAGAAGAUGAUGGAGCUGGACCUGCCGGAGCAGAUGUGGGACAUGUACCUGACGGCCUCGCCGGCGGACCAGGGGGUCCCGGGGCUCCCGCCGGCCAACGGCCUCAAGCCCUCCACGGGGGCGGCCUACGUGGUGGAGGUAGACAGCAUGACGGAGCAGAGGGAGGCCUACUGUUGA